AUGAACAGAGAACUUAUGGAACGCUCAGGUCGUCCCCGUGCCCGCGUUGGGCUACCGUCCGGUCCAGCUCCACGCUCGCGUUCUGUUCAUGGACGUCGAGAGGAUCUCCCGCGCCCCGCAAGCACCGCAGAAGAGUUCAUCCCAUUCCGCCCAGCGCCCACCCCUCCUCUACAGCAGCUGCGACAACCCCGCUCGAUCUCUGAUCUUCGCUCGAGUCCUGUACGGUCUCGUUCAGUCGACAGCAAACGACAUGUCCGACCCGCUUCCCCUCCUCCUCCGGUCCCUUCACCCCCCAGUGCCUGGCAGACAAGGUGGUCUCCCACCACCACGAGCCCUACCAUUAGAUCCCCUAGUGUAAAGAGUCCUGUCAUUAAAAGUCCUGUCAGCGGCUCUCCUAUUCCGCUGAAGAGGUCAGACAGUACCGCCGCCUUGCGAUCAUCCACAUCGUCGGAGUCAUCUAUGUCGCAAAGCUCACUGCGGUCUUUUAUUUCUCGCUCGUCGUCUCGCACAAGCGUAGAAGAUAGCUUUCUGGAAAUGGGUGGGGCGGAUGGGCAGAAGGGCAGAUUUGAGCCCCCGCAGAGCCCUGACUCAGCAGAGAACCAGUCGCCCAACGGACUGCGCUCUGUAUUGUGGAAUCGCGUCGCGAAUGUUGCUGACAACCUAAGAGUGAACGUGAGCAAGGCGCUGGGUGCCAGUUUGGAACCGGAAACUGGUGAAGUCACGCCGUUCGGAGAAGAAUCCAGAUUGACUCGCGCAAUGAAAGCAUAUCACAUUGAGAAAGCUCGCGAUGCGAACGAUUUACCAGACUGGCUCUUCGAAGGUCGAGACCAGGAGGUCAUUUCUCGACUACGCGGCGCACCUAGUAGUUCUGUGGACUCCAAGUCGGAGCCGACAGCGCAACAUCAAGUGGUCGAUGUUUCGGUUCCGCAUCAUCGUCGCGAUACCUCGAGAAGCAACGGUGAUAACUCUAAAGCCGUUGCCGUGUCCGCCUGGGCGCCCGCUCAUUCCCGCGCUUCCUCUGGAUCGUCAGCUCAAUCAGUACAUUCCACUGUGCCGCCUCGUGAUGCUAUGAACCGUCUGAAACAACUAAGACUUGCGAAGCGGAACGCUCGAGUACGUUUUGCCGACGAUAAUGACGAUGACGAUGCCAUCGAUACCAUGCCUGCGAUGCGCAUGCUCCUCAGGCCCCCGACGCCCGACGCCUCUCGCACUGCGCGUACAGCGCCGACCGUUUCUCCUACUCGCACUGACGAGAACAUCCCUCGUAGGAGGCCUACGGUCCAUGCCAAGAUCAGCAGGGAUGGAUCAAUAUCUCGUAUUGGACUACCAUCGAGUGUGCGACCCCAGAGGUCCUAA